UUAAGUUUUUACAUGAAUUGGCCAGUGAAUUGGUUAUUUGGUGCAUCGAGGCCUACGAGUUCUAUUAUUCAUUACCAAAAACUCAAACAAAUCGAAUCACUAAAAAAUUUAUUCCCGGAGAUAAUCGAAAAUGUAAAAGAACAGGAAUAUGCUCUUGCGUUUCUAAAUUCUAAUAUCGAAUUUAAACUUAAUAUCAAUUUUCCUAAUGAAUACCCAUCUGAAAAGCCUAUUAUCAAAGUUCAACCUCCCAUCAAACAUAAUUGGGUUAAUGAUGAACUUGUUAUUAUUGGAUCACCUAGCCUUCUCAAGUAUACUCCAUCUACUGAUAUAUGUAUGAUUUUAAAAGAAAUUAGCAAUGAAUUUAACAAAAAUCCUCCUAUUCCUCUUCUGCCACCAAGGACUUGUGCUUCAAAUAUAACAAAAGAUAAUUUACCUUAUUCAUUGAGCCCCUAUAAUAAAGGUUUUGGCUACUAUCCAGAUUUAAAAAAUGAGCAAAGUUGGGAUAGUCAAAAAUAUACAUAUAACCAAGAUCAAAACUUAUCCCUUUCUCCAUAUUAUGCAAAUUUUAACAUAUCUAGCUAUCCCAAUGUCCCAUUCCAGCCAACCUUUAAUGAAGGUCCAAACAUACUUUUACAGCCAAUCGAAAAUACUAUUGCCAAAACAUAUUUAAUGCCUGAAAUCCCACACGAAUACUCUUUACUGAAUGAUAUGAGUGUUGAGGACCUUAACGAUCUCAAUGAGAAUGAAGGCAAAUUGAUAGAACAGAUCAUCAGUAAAUUACCGCAAAUCGGGAAGCUCACGAGAGAUAGAGAAGAAUUGCUUAGGAACAUUGAAAAACAAGCUAGAGAAAAUUUGGCCAAAAAACCUAUGAUGGAAGAAAAAAAGAUGAUUUUAUUAAGCAAAAUUGACGCGAUAAAUUCUACCCGGGAAGAAUUAAAUGCCAUUAUUGACGAAAUCAAAUCGAUAGCGGACAAGUAUGAUCCAUACACCUUAUGCUUAAAUCUAAAAAUAGCUGCUAAUCAUGCCGAAGAGGAAUCCGAGAAAACAUAUCAUAAAUUUACAGAAGGAAAAAUAGAUGUCAAUGAAUUCAUACAAAAAUUUUCGGAAAAUAGAAAGGUUUGUCAUUUGAGAAGAAUUAAAGAAGAAAAAUUGCAUCAAAUUUACCCCUAAUCUCUAGGAGAUUCGAUAAUGCAAAGCAAUUACCUUGUAUAAACAUAAAAUCAUAAAUAACAAUAAUUUAUCAAGGUAAUUCAAACCAAAAAAAUAAUCCUUUUUAAUUUUUGAUUAUUUAUAUUUUCUAAUAAAAUAAUGU